GCCUCCUGUUAGAGGAAAAGUGUGUGUGGGGUAUAUCUGUUGUUUGUUCAUCGUUGUGAUCUGGACAGGGAUAGUAGAAUGGAAGAGAGCAAUAUCCCAGUGAUUGAUAUGGAGAAAAUUGAUUGUGAGGAAGGAGAGUGCAAGAAAUUAAGAGAGGCAUGUGAAAGAUGGGGUUGUUUCAGGAUCAUCAACCACUCUAUUUCAGAAACCCUCAUGGCUGAGAUGAAGAAGGUGAAUCAAGCUUUGCUUGAUCUUCCUCUCGAGAUCAAAAAACGCAACACAGAAGUUAUUGCAGGCAGUGGUUACAUGGCACCAAGUGCAGUCAACCCUUUCUAUGAGGCUUUAAGUCUCUAUGAUUUGGGUUCUUCACAAGCUAUGCACAAUUUCUGCUCUCAACUUCACGCUUCUCCCCAGCAGAGGAAAAUCGUGGAGAGAUAUGGGGAGGCAAUUCAUGGUUUGGUAGUGAAGAUAGGAGAAAAGAUAGCUGAAUCACUGGGCAUAGUGGUUGAUGAUUUCAAGGAUUGGCCAUGCCAGUUCAGAAUUAACAAAUAUAACUUCACCCCAGAAGCAGUAGGGUCGACUGGAGUUCAAAUACACACAGAUUCAGGCUUCUUAACAAUUCUUCAAGAUGAUGAAAAAGUUGGUGGUCUUGAAGUGUUGGACUCUUCUGGUUCAUUCGUGCCGGUCCCUCCUUUUCCUGGGACCCUCUUAGUCAAUCUUGGAGACAUUGCUCGUGUGUGGAGCAAUGGAAGGUUUUGCAGUUUGAUACACCGUGUCCAAUGCAAGGAAGCCACCAAACGUUUUUCGAUUGCUACGUUUAUGUUGGCACCAAGGAAUAGGAAUGUUGAGGCUCCAGAGGAAUUGGUGAACAAGGAUCAUCCUCGUUUAUAUCGACCUUUUAUUUACGAAGAUUAUAGGAAGCUGAGAGUUAGCAACAAGAUGCACACUGGUGAAGCCCUGGAGUUGUUGCGCUUGUCCUAGUCAUAGGAACUACCUAGGAUUGUUUGAAGGCAACAAGGUGUAGGAAAGUUGAUGUCACACUUUUCUGAACUAGUCAUAUAAUAUUGUAUUAAAAUAUUAUUAAAAGAAAUUUGUGUUAAUAUAUCAUUAUUUAAAUAA